AUGGAGGACGACGAGGUCGACAUACCCGUGCUCGACGGCAGAGGGCGUGUCCACGGGACCGCCGGCCUGUGCGACACCUCGCUCGGCGUGUGGGACGACGCCGUACGGCUGCUCAACCCGGCUGCUCUCCGCGCCGAGGCCCAGUCCGCCGCCUGGCCGCUCGCGGCCUCCUCCUUCUGGCUCGCGGCCGAUGCCGCGCCGGCUUGCGCGCUGGAGGCGCUCGCCGCGGCCAUCUUCAAGCUGCACGCCGGGAGCGCGGCAGGGCGGUUCGACCCGGCCUGCAGCGGCGCCGAGUGGUGGGCGAAUGUGUCCGACUCGGCCAGCGUGUGCCGGGAGCGCGACGGCUACGGCAAGGUCGCCCUCCACUUUGACAAGGACGAGGCGGUCUACGCGGCGGCGGGAGUCUUUGUCCACCCGCUCCUCGCCACGAUCACGCACCUCGGCGAGGAGGGCGCGCCGACGCUGAUCGUUCCGGGCGGCCAGGUAAGUGCGGAGGGCGAGUAUGCCGCCUCGCGCCUCCCCGAGGCGGUCCUCGUCCCGCCGCGGCGAGGGAGGCACGUCCGCUUCGACGGCCGCUGGCUGCACGGCGUGCCAGAGGCGCUCUGCAGCCCGAAGCCAUACCGCCGCGUCACCUUCCUGACGGCGGAGCCUUUUGUGCUGCGGCUGCGCGCCUCCGAGGGCGAGCUCCGGCGCUUGCUGGGUGGCGGGGAGGGUUACCUUACGCUGUAA